AAUUAUUAUAAGAGGAAAUAGAUAUAAAAGUAUAUAUAUUUUUUACGCUGGCUAAUAAAUUUAUUGUAGUAUUUUCCUGCCACCAACCUAUUCUACACAAAAACAAAUUUUUCAUUGAUCAACUACUCUUUAAGUUAGAUUUUUCCUCAUUUCAGCUGAACAUUGAUAACUGAUACGAAGGUGGAGGAAUACCAUAAAAAUGCAUUUGUGAACAUUCCAACAAAAGGACUUUACUUUACCACAGCAGCUGAACAGAUCUCACAUGGAGAAGCUUAUUAGGCCUUGCGACAAAGAAUACCUGAAGAUGACCAUGCUAAAACACGAAGACACUUUCAAAGAGCAGGUGCAUGAACUUCACCGUUUGUAUCGGAUUCAGAAGAUAUUGAUGAAAAAUAUGGAAGUAAACCAACGAGGGUGGAACUUCAAGAAUGCGAUUGGUUUGACUCAAAAUGGUUAUUAUAAAGGUGCACAGAAGAAUCCUAGAGUGAACUUUGAUCUUGAAAGACCUGCUAUGGAGGACAUGACAGAAUCAGACAGCGAUGAUGGCAUUAUGGAGUUUAUGAAUGAGACUGAGAUUGAGCUAACACUAGGUCCUUCAAGUUACAACCGUAAGAAAGUGGAGACAGCACUAACUUCAGAUAGAAGACAUGGUUUGUGUUCUUCUACUGGAUUCAGCCUUAUAAACAAAACAAGAUGCAAGACCCAUCAUAGCAGUCAUGCAACUAGAGAAGAAUUAAGUGGAGGCAUGAUAGGUUUUGUUCAGGUGCCUCAUUCAACCUCAGGGUGCCAUAGUGGAAUUAGAAACAGUUAUGAUAUUGAAGAACAAUCAAGGCAAGAGAGAUCAAAACAUCCCCAUCUUGGUUUUUUUCAAGUAUUGAGUCUGAACACGACCUAAAAAUAUUCCAAGGUCGAUGUGCUAUGUAUUUUAUUACUGUUUAAAACUAACUUUGUGAAUGAUGUUUCUGUGCAAUUUUCAAGUGUGGUGGGGGUUUGAUGAUGUCUUGUAUAAAGGUUACUUGUUUUCAUGGUUAAACAAACCAAUUAUAAUUCAAGAAUCACAUGUACGAUAUUU